AUGGCCUACACAGAGCCUGAGGCUAUGCCCUUAUUCGGCGAAGACAGUGCGCAUGUCCGUUUGCUCGACAUCUUAUACGGCGUCGCUUCCUUCAUUGCCACCAUGACGGCCGUGGUCAUCACCAUUAUCCGGGGACAAACCAAGCCACUGCAUUAUUUCUUUGGCGCUGCCAUCGUGGCCAUUGCUAUUCCACAUUGGCUCUUGGUCAUUUGGUUUCGGCGUGGUGACUUGGAUCCGCGCAUCCGCUACAUCAACUUGGCCAUGUGCCUUGGUCUGGUCGCCCUGUCCGUGUGCGCCAUUUUGUACGCCACCGAGUAA